AUGGAGACACUUGUAGAUGAAUACUGGAUAAAUAUUAACAUAGGAAAGUCACUUAUCUGCAUUAUAAAUGAUUGGUUAAAUGCAGAGGAGCUUAGUGUUAAUGAAAGUUUAUCAAUAUUACAGAAUUUUAAUACUGCAUGUUCUGAAAUCCUUAUUAAGUAUACAGGUAGUGGUAGAAAACUUUAUUGUUUUGGGAAGUUAUAUAAUUAUAACUGUAUAGAUGGAUUUUGGAAUAUCACUGGAUCAGGUGUUAGAUUCUCUGGAAAAUCUAUAGGUCAAUUAAAUUCUAGAUAUGUCAAAUUAAUUGGAUUGGAAGAUCAAAAAAUUACUAAUAAUCAAAAAUGA